GGGAGGAGGGUGAGAGACAGGGAGAGUGAGAGACAGCUCACCUGCAGCCCUGACAUGGUACACGCUCAGAGACAUCCUGACCCAACAGCUUUAACCAUCUAAUGACCUCUGGGGAAGCAGAGACCCGGGAGGGGGCCCCCUGUGGCUGGAAUGGUGUUCUGGCUUCCCCCAGUAUGGAGGAACAUUUCUAUCCAUUCCUGAUAGAGAGAAGACCUUCAUACCUGGGAGAGGAUGAGGAGGAUCAGAGGGAGGAGAACCUCAGCCUGGUCCUGGAGAGUAAGGAAAAGGACUUGCUUCUGGCAGCAGAGCUGGGAAAGGCUCUGCUGGAGAGAAAUGAUUAUCUGGUGAAGGAAAGAGAAGCACUGGAGGAGGAACUCAGAGAGACGCGAGAGCACAUGGAGCAGGAGAAGCACGCCUUGCGUCUGAAAAUGGAGGCACGGGAGAGCGAAUGGAAAGCGCAGAUUACAGACCUGGAGAGUGACCUGGCUGAGGCCAGGCAUCAGAUGAGACAGCUGAUGUCAGAGCACAAAGAGUGCGGACGGGAGACAGCCUGCGCUGUGCAUGAGCUGUCGGAACAGAACCAGCGUCUGCUGGAGCAGAUCACACAGGCUUCUCACACUGAGCAGUCUCUCACUCUGCACUUACAGUCUCUGACAGAAGAGAACCGGGAACUAACAUUAAAUCGAGGACAAUUCGCCCCAUGUCUGCAGAGUCUAAAAAGUGAGAACGCUCUCCUGCUGGAGAAAAAGAGAGACAUGGAGUCUCAGAUUAAAAAGCUCAGAGAGGAAAGUGAGAAUGCCCACAAUAUAGAGUUGUCUCUGAAAGAGACACUCUUCAAUCUGGACAUCCAGAAGCGUGAGACCGAAGCCAGGUUGCAGGAAGUCCUGUUGGAAGCGCAGAGUCUGAGAGACAGCCAGCGAUUGCUGCAGAUACACGUGAGAGAGUUGCAGGAUGAGCUGCAGAUGAGAGACAGCCACUACACUCUACAAGGCAGUCCCUAUUCCCUGCACUCUGAGAUGCAAGAGACCAUGGCGGGCUGGGAAGAUGAGCAGAGAGGAGCCUCAUUACACCCCUCCGCCCUGUCUGCUGAGCACACGCCCACUAUUCCCGGCGCUGGUCACCUGUCAGCGUAUCUGACCGCGAGAGAGGGGGAUCUGAUCCAGGAGAAGGAGGCGGAGAUCGGGAAACUGCAGGACCAGGUGACCCUCCAGUAUUUAGAGAUAAACUCUCUGCGAGAGGAGCUGCAGAGGCUGCGUGACUUAUCACAGCAGAGUGACCGUGACAGCGCCCUACAACAAGCUGUGUGUGACCGCGACGAGGCCAUUAAGAAGAAAGGAGAGCUGGAGCUGGAGUUGGCAAAGUGUCGCUUGGAGAAAGAUUCCAUGAGUCGGCAACUACUAAGCGCAGUUGAACAGAAAGUGUCACUGAGCCAGGAGCUGGAGGCAUGGCAGGAUGACAUGCAGAUUGUUAUCAAUCAGCAGCUGAAGUCACAGAAAGAUCAGGAGACCCAGAGAUCCUCGGACUCAGCUCCAUCCACCCCCAGCAGAAGAGAGAGCACUAGACGAGGGCGAGACGGUGGGAUCCUCUCCUUCUUCAAGAGGAUCUGAUAGGACAUACAUGAAACACCCUGUGGGACUGAUACAUGGGGAGUACUGCGCCAGGUGGCAUGGCGUCGUGGAAUAUGCGCUGCACAUGCCUAGAACAGCGGACACAUACCCACGCUGAUUUGUGGGAUUGCCACUUACACCUGUCUGACAUGGCGGAAUGGUGGCGUUCUGAUCUAGGCCUGGUACAGUAGCGUAUGAGGCAUUUAUAUUUCGCUGUUAUUCCUGAGGAUGAUGGUGAUGACAUAUUCGGCCCUAGGGAACCACUUGUGAUUGGCUGUUUGAGAAGGAUCCGCUAACACUGAUUGGUGCGUUCUCUGUCACUAUGGCAUAUGUUAUGCCCGCGUGAGGCGGAGCACAGAUUCUGACGCAGUGUAAUUCUUCCCUGAUAGCGACAUAUAAGUACUGUGGGCACAAUAUGUCCCUGGCAUAGAGUGGACGCAUUUACUGUUGUUCCGGCAGUCCUCUGUCUUGCUGCUGUGGAACCCCAUGAUGUCUACCUCUCUCACAGGUAUAAAGGUGUACACAAUGGGUGACAGGGACAGCCCACAGCAACGCCCAAUGGGUGAUAGGAACAGACUCCCCAGCCCACAGCAACGCCCAAUGGAUGAGAGGAAUAGACUCCCCAGCCCACAGUAUUGCCCAAUGGGUGACAGGGACAGCCCACAGCAAUGCCCAAUGGGUGACAUUAAUAGACUCACAGCCCACAGCAAUGCCCAAUGGGUGACAGGAAUAGACUCCGCAGCCCACAGCAACGCCCAAUGGGUGACAUUAAUAGACUCCCUAGCCCACAGCAACGCCCAAUGGGUGACAGGGACAGCCCACAGCAACGCCCAAUGGGUGACAUUAAUAGACUCACAGCCCACAGCAAUGCCCAAUGGGUGACAGGAAUAGACUCCGCAGCCCACAGCAUCGCCCAAUGGGUGACAGGGACAGCCCACAGCAACGCCCAAUGGGUGACAGGAAUAGACUCCGCAGCCCACAGCAUCGCCCAAUGGGUGACAGGGACAGCCCACAGCAACACCCAAUGGGUGACAGGAAUAGACUCCGCAGCCCACAGCAUCGCCCAAUGGGUGACAGGGACAGCCCACAGCAACGCCCAAUGGGUGACAGGAAUAGACUCCCCAGCCCACAGCAAUGCCCAAUGGGUGCCAUUAAUAGACUCCCCAGCCCACAGCAACGCCCAAUGGGUGACAGGAAUAGACUCCCCAGCCCACAGCAGCGCUCAAUGGGUGACAGGAAUUGACUUCCCAGACCACAGUGACACCCAGUGGGUGACAGGAAUAGACUCCCCAGCCAACAGUGGCAGCCAGCGGAUGAGAAGGAUAGAUUCCCCAGCCCACAGCAACGCCCAAUGGGUGACAGGAAUAGACUCCCCAGCCCACAGCAGCGCUCAAUGGGUGACAGGAAUAGACUUCCCAGACCACAGUGACACCCAGUUGGUGACAAGAAUAGACUCCCCAGCCAACAGUGGCAGCCAGUGAAUGAGAAGGAUAGACUCCCCAGCCCACAGCAACGCCCAAUGGGUGACAGGAAUAGACUCCCCAGCCUACAGCAAUGCCCAAUGGGUGACAGGAAUAGACUCCUCAGCCCACAGUGACACCCAAUGGGUGACAGGACUAGACUCCCCAGACCACAGCGACACCCAAUGGGUGACAGGGAUAGACUCCUCAGCCCACAGCAACGCCCAAUGGGUGAGAAGGAUAGACUCCCCAGCCUACAGUGACACCCAAUGGGUGAGGAUAGACUCCCCAGCCCACAGCAUCGCCCAAUGGGUGACAGGUAUAGACUCUUCAUCCCACAGUGACAUCCAAUGGGUGACAGGGAUAGACUCCCCAGCCAACAGUGACACCCAAUGGGUGACAGGGAUAGACUCCCCAGCCCACAGCAUCGCCCAAUGGGUGACAGGUAUAGACUCUUCAUCCCACAGCGACACCCAAUGGGUGACAGGAAUAGACUCCUCAGCCCACAGCAACGCCCAAUGGGUGAGGAUAGACUCCCCAGCCUACAGUGACACCCAGUGGGUGACAAGAAUAGACUCCCCAGCCAACAGUGGCAGCCAGUGAAUGAGAAGGAUAGACUCCCCAGCCCACAGCAACGCCCAAUGGGUGACAGGAAUAGACUCCCCAGCCUACAGCAAUGCCCAAUGGGUGACAGGAAUAGACUCCUCAGCCCACAGUGACACCCAAUGGGUGACAGGACUAGACUCCCCAGACCACAGCGACACCCAAUGGGUGACAGGGAUAGACUCCUCAGCCCACAGCAACGCCCAAUGGGUGAGAAGGAUAGACUCCCCAGCCUACAGUGACACCCAAUGGGUGAGGAUAGACUCCCCAGCCCACAGCAUCGCCCAAUGGGUGACAGGUAUAGACUCUUCAUCCCACAGUGACAUCCAAUGGGUGACAGGGAUAGACUCCCCAGCCAACAGUGACACCCAAUGGGUGACAGGGAUAGACUCCCCAGCCCACAGCAUCGCCCAAUGGGUGACAGGUAUAGACUCUUCAUCCCACAGCGACACCCAAUGGGUGACAGGAAUAGACUCCUCAGCCCACAGCAACGCCCAAUGGGUGAGGAUAGACUCCCCAGCCUACAGUGACACCCAAUGGGUGAGAAGGAUAGACUCCCCAGCCCACAGCAUCACCCAAUGGGUGACAGGUAUAGACUCUUCAUCCCACAGUGACACCCAAUGGGUGACAGGGAUAGACUCCUCAUCCCACAGUGACACCCUAUGGGUGAGAAGGAUAGACUCCCCCGCCCACAGUGACACCCAAUGGGUGACAGGUAUAGACUCCCCAGCCGACAGUGACACCCAAUGAGUGACAGGGAUAGACUCCCCAGCCCACAGUGACACCCCAUGAGUCAGGAGAAUACACUCUGCAGCCCACAGUGACACCCAAUGGGUGACAGGAAUAGACUCCCCAGUCCACAGUGACAAUGGGUGAUGCAAGUAACAUAGUAUCUAAGGUUGAAAAAAGACAAUUGUCUAUCGAGUUCAACCUAUUUGUGGUCUCCUAUGCAGGAUUAUUUUGUAUAAAAUUUUGACUGAAGUUGCUGACUGCCGUUCCGAUUAAACCCUCUUUUUUAUAAUAACCAUAGUGCGUGACUAUACCCCGUAACCCUGGAUAUCCUUAUCCAUUAGGAAUUUAUCUAACCCAUUCUUAAAGGUGUUGACAGAUUCCGCCAUUACAACUCCCUCGGGCAGGGAAUUCCAAACACGUAUUGUCCUUACCGUAAAAAAGCCUUUACGCCGUAUUGUGCGGAAUCUCCUCUCCCCUAACCUGAGCGAGUGUCCACGAGUUCUCUGUGUUGAUCUAACCAAAAACAAGUCCUGCGCAAGAUCUGUAUAUUGUCCCCUUAUAUAUUUGUAGAUGUUGAUCAUGUCCCCUCUUAAUCUCCUCUUUUCCAGUGUAAACAUGCCCAGCCUUACAAGCCUUUCCUCGUAUUCCAGCGUCUCCAUGCCCUUAAUCAGUUUGGUCGCCCGUCUCUGAACCUUUUCUAGCUCCAGGAUAUCCUUUUUGUAGUAUGGUGCCCAAAAUUGUGCACAGUAUUCAAGAUGAGGCCUCACUAGUGAUUUAUAUAAUGGGAGUAUAACACUCUCGUCCCUUGCAUCAAUUCCCCGUUUUAUGCAUGCUAAUAUCUUAUUAGCCUUCUUUGCUGCAGUCCUACUUUGGGUCUACACAAGGCUCCAAAAUCUCUUUACUCAAUUAGACCCAGUGGGAGAACAAAUCACACAAUAGUCUAUAUUUACCUCAUAUACAGUACCCAUGUGUUAUAGCCACUCUCUGUCACCCCGCAGUGGGAGGGGCUGAUCCAUGUGUCAUAGCCAGUCUCUGCCUGUUAGCCAGCAGGGCGGCUUCCAUAUCACCCCUCUGUCUGUGUCACCCAGCAGUAGGAGCGGCAGCUUCCUAGUUUCAUCACUAUUCUGUGUUACCCUGCAGGAGGCGGAGCAGGCUCCACCUCUGCAGGGGUGGGGCUAGGGUUACCACCUCAUCCCUUUAAUUCUGGACACAUUAAUUACACAGGUUCUGUGGCUGAUUAAAACCAGGUGACAUGGAGUCUUGAAGUCAGCCAGCCACGGAACCUGUGUAAUUAAUGUGUCCAGAAUUAAAGGAAUGAGGUGGUGACGCUAGGUGGGGCAGACUCCACCGCCUGUUUUGUGUCACCCUGCAGUGGGAGGGGCAGGUUCCUUGUCUCAUGUCACUCUUCUUUCUGUGUCACCCUGCAGUGGGCGGGGCAGGUUCCUAGUUCUAAUGACCCUUGUGCCAGUAUUACCCUGCAGUGGGCGGGGCAGGCUCCUGGUCUCGUAUCACCCGUCUGUCUGUUUCCCCCCGUUGUCUGGGAGGAGCAGACACCUUCGUGCUCUCUCAUAUAGAAUUAUUUUAUUGAUGUCCUAACUGUCACUUUCUGUACAUUUUUAUAAUGUGUAUAUACUGCCUGUUAUCCAUUAUGUAUAUAUCAA